GGCCGCCCACCGAGCCCAAGCCCUUGCCUCAUCGAUCGAUCGGUCACCAAGGUGCGUGACCAGGCAGGCCACAGGCAUCGAGAGAGCUAAGCUAGCUAGAAUUCUCGUGUCAGAGCACCGGUAGUCUAGCCGUACGUUCCCCGGCGGUGGUCUGCUGCUGCUGAUAGACCGGCGAUGUGGUCUCUGCUGCGACUGUCAUAGAGCGAGAUAGAGGCCAGCUGCUGACAGAGGCGCGUGGUCACCUCUCAUUGGCUGCCUGGAGCUAUAAAAACCGAGCCAGUGUGCGAGGCGGUCAGUCACACACACAUCAUCUACCCCCGCCCGGCCCGUCCAUACGUUCCCCACCUCCCUCCGAUCGAAGAAGCUUCAGCUUCUGGAAGCAGCAUCAUGUACGGCCACGGCCACGGGCACCACCACCACGGCCACCAGCAGCCUCCGCCGGCGCCGCACGACCAGACGCUGUUCAAGAUCUUGUGCCGCGCCGACGAGGGCUACUGCGUCACCGUUCGGCACGGCGCCGUCGUGCUGGCGCCCACCAACCCCCGGGACGAGUUCCAGCACUGGUACAAGGACAUGAGGCACAGCACCAAGGUGAAGGACGAGGAGGGCCACCCGGCGUUCGCGCUCGUCAACAAGGCCACCGGCCUCGCCAUCAAGCACUCGCUCGGCCAGUCGCAUCCCGUGAAGCUGGUGCCCUACAACCCGGAGUACCCGGACGAGUCAGUGCUGUGGACGGAGAGCAAGGACGUCGGCAAGGGCUUCCGCUGCAUCCGCAUGGUCAAUAACAUCCACCUCAACUUCGAUGCCUUCCACGGCGACAAGGACCACGGCGGCGUCCACGACGGCACCACCAUCGUGCUCUGGGAGUGGGCCAAGGGAGACAACCAGCGCUGGAAGAUCCUGCCCUGGGGCGACGAGGCCUAUGCGCCGCCGCAGGAGCACCCGGCGGCGUACGGCUACCCGGGUCCGGGAGGCAGCCAGCAGCAGGGGGCAUAUCCGCCUGCCCUGGAGCCCGGCUACGGGUACGGGUACCGCCCCCCGCCGGGCGGCCCCGGGGGCUACGCGCCGCCGCACCACCACCACCAGGAGCCUGGCUACGGCGGCUACCGCCCCCCACCGCCGGGGUACAGCAACCUGCCCCAUGCGCUGGCGUCGGAGGCCACGGUGCGCGUCUACUGCAAGGCCGACGAGGGGUACAGCCUGACGGUGAGGAACGGGACCGUGUGCCUUGCACCAACCAACCCAAGGGAUGACUUGCCGUACUGGGUGAAGGACAUGAGGCGCAGCGCUAGCAUCAAGGACGAGGAAGGCUACCCGGCCUUCGCGCUGGUGAACAGGGCGACCGGCGAAGCCAUCAAGCACUCCCUGGGACAGGGCCACCCGGUGAAGCUGGUGCCCUACAACCCUGAGGAGGAGGACGCGUCGGUUCUCUGGACGGAGAGCCGCGAUGUCGGAAAGGGUUUCCGCUGCAUCCGCAUGGUCAACAACAUCUACCUCAACUUGGACGCCUUCCAUGGCGACAAGGCCCACGGCGGCGUCCACGACGGCACCUCCAUCGUGCUCUGGGAGUGGGCCAAGGGAGACAACCAGAGCUGGAAGAUCGUGCCAUGGUAGAUCAUCGAUAAAGCCAAAAGUGAGACGUUGAGAGGACCGGAUCGGAGGAACCUGCUUGCUUGCUGCUCUUGUGUCAUCCACCCGCUUCUUCAUGUUGAUCGAGUCGUCGUUCUAGUACCUUCUUUUUCGCAUCUAUCAUAUCGGUUCUGAAUAACAAACAGUAACUCCCAGCAGCGACCAUGCAUGUCCAGUCAGUCGCUGCUGCGCCUUUGUAUGCUUGAUCUUCUGGUGGACAUCAUUUGAGGUUGUUGAUGAAGAGUUUGAGACUUUUUCCGGCCGAUUCGUGUCGCCUCUA